CUGAAGAUCAGAGAGACAGAUAAGAAGGUUAGGAGAGCCCUGAACUGUCUAUGUGGCUCAAGAAGCAGAGUUUGAAGUUGUCUUCACCAUGGCUUGGUCUCCACUUUUCUUAAUCCUGCUUGUUCACUGCACAGGUUCUUUGGCCGAGGUUGUGUUCACUCAGCCCCAACAUGUGUCGGGGUCUCUAGGGCAGAAGGUCACCAUUUCCUGCACCCGUAGUAGUGGAGACAUUGGGAAUAACUAUGUGUACUGGUACCAGCAGCACCUGGGAAGUCCCCCCACUCUCCUGAUUUACAAGUACAAUCAAAGACCCUCUGGGAUUCCAGACCGGUUUUCUGGCUCUAAAGACAGCUCCUCCAAUUCUGCCUCCCUGACCAUCACUGGACUGCAGCCUGAGGAUGAGGCUGACUACCACUGUCUGUCUGGUUAUGACAACUAUUACUCACAGGGCAAAAACGGAAACCUUUCUCGCCAGCUCUCAGGGGGCAUGGCCAUCAGAGGAAAUCAGACAGAACAGGUUGCUGGUUUCCAACUCCCGCUGUCCACAGCCAUGAUGACUGGGCGACCGCCCUCAGGCCCCGUGACUGGGCGGCUGGAGACUGGGUGGCUGGAGACCGACUGCCUGCCCAACAGCGACCACUCGCACGACUGGGCGGCUAGAGACUGCUCGCCUGCUGGCGACCGCCCACCAGCUGCCCGCGCGACUGGGUGGCUAGAGACCGCCCACCCGCAGGCUACCACCCACGGCCCCUGCGACUGGGCGGCUGGAGACUGGGCGGCUUGA